CUCCAGGUAUCCUGCAGCAGUUUGCCAUCUCCCAGGCAACGCUCAUGGCCUGGACCUCCAUGGAUGGAGAGAGCCUGAGGUCAGGGUCCAACCAGGGCAGUGUGGCCCACCUCAGCGAGGUUAACCAGGAGAGCAUCACCAGCCGAGACCAGAUAUUGCACCACUCUUCUGCGGACAUGUGGCCCAACACCUAUGUCGCCCAGGGCCUCUACUGCCUCUCCUCCUCUGACGCCUGGGAGCCAAUCAGCAAUGAGCCCUCCGGAGUGGCCUCUCCCGCUGCUGGCUCCUACGUGAUGCAGCAGGGCGGGACUUCCUGUGAUGGGUAUGAUGGGAACGCGUUGCUGCAGCAGCAGCAGCAGCAGCAGCAGUUCAACCUACAGCAGCAGAGUCAGCUCCAGCAGCUGCAGCAGCUACAACAGAUACAGCACUACCAGCAACAGCAGCUCCUGUAUCAGCAACAACAGUCUCUGGAGCAAAGGCUGCACAGCGCCAACCACUCGUUGCAAGCCACGCCCAACAGCACCAUCCACAGCCUGGCCCCUGCCACCCACGCCCCAUUGGUGGACCUGUGGGGGGCGGGUCAGACAGAGUCCUAUCACGCGGAUAUUGGAGGGUACAACAUAGGCGUGGCAGCGGUGGUGGAGGCGGCUUUGAAUGUUCCGUCUGGGGAAGAGGGGGCGGGGACAGAUCAUUCCCCUCUGCUGGAGCAGCAGGAGGAGGAGGAUGAACUGAAGGACGAGGAGGUGACACUCUGCAUGGAGCCGGAGUCUGCCACUCUAACACAGAGAGAGGAAGCCAUCACCUCCGGGGGCAGUAGUCCUGGGCAACGUAGUCCGGGGCGCAGUAGUCCGGGGCAACCACCAGCACAGCAAAUCACAGAGCGGAAGGCCUCUGAUGUCAGCUGUGGAGGCAUCCAGAUGCUGGAGGAGAAGGAAGAGAAGCAGGUGUCCACUGUUGCUGCCAUGGCAACCAACUGAUUGACAGAUCGUCCUGAGAAACAUGACAGACUGACCCUCGGCGUCAGGAAUGACUGAUCCUAAUAAUUAAAUAUUUAUCAAUAAAUCUGUUCCUUUUCAGGUAUCAAACACAUUUUUGAUGGGAUAUAAACUCUUCUGACUACUGAAGAGCAGAGGAGGAAGAUUUGGAAACGGACUCACACAGUGACAACAGCUGGUUCAAUGGACAACUUUUUUUUGGAAGCCUUACAUUCCCAGAAAGAAGGAGGAGGGAGGGAUGAAUAGAGGGCGGGGAAAAAAACUGAGCGAGAAAAAGGAGGUAUGAGGGGAUGAUAAAAAGAAGAGGAGCAGCUGAGAUAGAUACAUUUGUAUCAGGAAAAGGAAACGGAGGAGGAGGGAAUUGAAACAUGCAUGCUUUUUAAACAAAUGACUUUAUCCAGUCCAGCGUCAAAUAUGAUAAUGAUCAUAAAAUCUAUAGUAAUAAAACAUUAUCAUGACAACAAUGAUUUUCUAACAAAGAAAACAAUCAUGACAACACAAAAAUCUAUGUAUAAGUGAAUGAUAAAAGAAUAUAUAUCAAAAUCACUGUUUUUACAACACUAUCUCUCAAUGGGAGAACUACUCUGUUUACAGCUUACACUCAACACAUCAAAUAGAAUAAUAUCAACCCCAACUUGAAGAACAGAAACACUCACAUGUUAUACCCUCUCCUCUUAUGUCAUUCACAUCUAGCAUCCACAACACUCAUAGAACUAACUGCAUGAAUACAGAGCAACUUUAGUAGGUUGGGUUCAUCAUAACACCCUAAAAAUUACACCUAUUCAAUUAUCCCCAAAAACGAAUUAAAUCCAAAUUAGCUCUCUGCAACCUAACCACUGCAGUGAAAUCUACUUGAACCCUCCUAACACAGUUAGAAAGACAACAACGUUACUYUGUUGCUGUGUUCCCCAGAUGUCCAAGGCACAUAAAGGCUGCAGGCCUGUCCUGUCGGCCACACACACAGCACUGCACAGUUAAAGGAAUGUACUGUACAGUAAGAUAGUGUGCUUCCUACUCUGUCUUUCCGUAUGUUUCUUCAGAAUACUAUGGAGUACCUGUCCUAUAUUGAACUGUAUAGACUUUGCACUGAACCUAGGACACGGCUGGUGCUGGGCCAGAGAAGACUCAGGGCAUGGAGCUCCUUGUAGUCUGCUUGACUGUGCAUCAUGACUGACAGGUCCGUSUCAUGGAGUGAACGGUGAAGAGACAGAGCUGUAGUAGUGAAUCMCUUUMCACUGAUGCAAUCCAACAGAUCAGAGGCUGCCUUUGGACUCUGUCACARGUCAAUGUCCUUGAUUACUGUUCAGAAAGAGCUCUUAGCAUCACCAAMAACCAAAACAGAACCACUAGACGAGAUGGAUUCUGAGCUGUUGUUCCAGGUUCCAAACUAGAGAUGUCUGGAGGAAGAGGGAGUGCUCUGGAGUGUUUUGGUACCAACAGAAAGAGGAUUUAGAUUGAGAUGUGCUUCUGUUUUAACCCAGAUUGUUGUUUUGAUGUCAGCUCUUGGGGACAAUACCAAGCUUUUCUUUGUGGAGAAAAGAUGAGGAGCAAAUGUUUCUCUCAAAGGUGUAGGUUAGAGCUGUUUGAAUUGGGUACUGAUUCUUAGAAGAGCAAAAACACAUCUUCAAAAUUGUAACUAAUUAGUGAGGAGCCAAACACAGGUCUCCUAAACGGCUUGUGGCCACUACUGUCAUAUAGAUGUAAAUACUAAUGAGAGAGGAUAUGAACCAUCUCUCACAGUCCCCACUGCAACAGUUUCUUUAUUUUUCUACAAGUCUCAGUCCCAGCUCUUUCCUUUGGGAAUCUUCCUGAGCUCCCAAAUUAAGCUUAUUGCGUUUAAAUUUGUUUCUAUCACCACACAAGUAAAAGGAAAAGGAUAGUGGAAUGUCAACAUUGUAAAUAGUGUGAUCAUUAAAAUAUUGMAUAUCGGAAUACUGUUGUAAAAUAAUGCAAAGGACCUAAUUUGACUGGGUCUAAGGAGAACAUUGAAGUCAAUCAGGGAAUAUAACUGAAUACUAGAACCAAACAGAACCGGUAUCUUCCUGCUCAUGGUGACUACAGCGAUGGAGCAAAACUCUGCUUGAGCCGAGUGUGACGUUUGAGUUAGCGUGUGUAUUUCCUGAAGAGGAAAGUGUGUAUCCCAGUGGAGGAAUGGUAGUGAAGUUCAGAGACAUGAUAGAAUAGUGGAAUUUUGGAGKUACUGGUCUGGAAUAUCUGUGCAUGUGUCACUAAUAAAAACAACAACAACAUCAAUGUAUUAUUAUAAUUAGUAUUCUUAUUAAUAUUAUUCUUAUUAAUAUUAUUCUUAUUAUUAUUAAUAUUACUAUUAUUUGACAGAGAACAACCUUCUCCUUUCACUCUGAUGAUUGUGUGAGAAAAAAAAUUUCAGAUAGAAAAAAGGUUUAUUGACUUGAAUUCAUUAACUUAUUGAUUGAUUAUUUAUGCAAUGUUGGGACAAUGUUUAUUUUUCUACUGAAUGAUUGACACCUCCUCCAGUAUAAGACAGAAUAUGUGUGGUUGAUGUAGAGCAGUUUCGUGUUGGUUGGGGCUCUCUCUGAUCGGACAAACAGACCAUGAUAAUAAUACCCUAGGCCAGGGGUGGAAGCUUCUGGAGGGCUACAUUGUGGCCACAAUUAAUUGUAAUCAGUUGUGUUAAAGCUAGGCUGGAACAAAACCCUGCACACACUGACUGCAUCCCUCCAGGACAAGGGUUAGGGUUAAGGUUACCCACCUCUUCCCUGGAGCUGUCCAUCAUGAAACACACAAUGAUGUCAUUUACAUAGUCAUAACCAGUCAUGAAGAUUCAUGUCACAGCUGCCAUGAUCACCCAGGCAAUGACAACACAAUCUCAACCAUACAACUUCCUUGAGGCUACUAGUCAUAAGUGUCCAUCAGCUGUCAUGACACAUAUGACGCGUCUGCAAGACAAGAUGCAUAUUGGUGUUAGAACUAACCAAGGCUAGGAGUCUAUCCUGACCACGUGACCUGACCAGGAUAGACUCAYCGACCCUACUUCUAACAGAUGGUUCUGGUGAGCUGCUACCUUGUGGUGUUUUUCAGUUUGUGUUAUYCAUUAGCCUUCACCUGUCUGUCUCAGACUGMCUCUGAGAGCUACAACCUACAGGAUGUCUUUACCCAACCACUCUUAUUCAUURAUUUAUUUAAUGAUUAUUUGGGGGGAGGAAUAACAUGACAGCCUGUACAUAGUUUAUUAUUUAUUGUAGGUAAGUCUUUUUGAAGCAGUAUUGUUCUGUGUGUUGUCCUUGGGACUUUCUGUAGUGAUAGACCUUUGACCCCAGAGAGAUUGUUCUGCUUCAUUGAAAGCACAAACAUGGACCCAGAGAAUGAUACUACUUCAACAAAGAUAUUUUAUAGAUUCUUUUGACGAUUAAGAACUUAAUGAAUUAAUAAACUAAUAACAAGAA